CUCGCAGGCCCGAUACCGAGGCGCGCCUGGCCAUAAACUAAAAUGUGCGCUGGUGCCCCAGAUACAUGGCACGUUGGAGAUAAAUGCCUUGCCCCUUGUCUUGAAAAUGGGAACCUUUAUGAAGGAACAAUAAAGUUUAUUGAAAAGGACAAGAAUGGGAAAUCAUUUGCUGUUGUAUCGUUCUUGGAGUCUGAAGAAAGGAAAAUACUAAUAACGAAACUUCAUAGAGUAAAAGCCAGUAAAGGUCCUUGGAAAAACUUUAUAUUUGAUGAUGAUGAUCUGGAAAAGCCUAAUUUUCCUGACCAGAAUCCUCCAUCUCCUGCAGUAACUUUUAAAUUAUCUGACAAUGGGGAUUGUAUCCCGUAUACAAUUAACAGAUAUCUGCGUGAUUAUCAAAGGGAAGGAGCCCAAUUCCUGUAUGGACACUAUGCUAAUAAAAGGGGCUGUAUUCUUGGAGAUGAUAUGGGCCUUGGAAAAACAAUACAGGUCAUUUCGUUUCUAGCUGCGGUGCUGCACAAAAAGGGAACACGUGAAGAUAUUGAAAAUAAUAUGCCAGAAUUUUUACUGAGAGCAGAGAAAAAAGAAUCAAAGUGUAGCCCUAAGAAGACUUUCCUUAUAGUGGCCCCUCUUUCUGUGCUGUACAACUGGAAGGAUGAGUUAGACACAUGGGGCUACUUCAAGGUCGCUAUCCUGCAUGGCAAUAAAAAGGAUGACGAUUUGAGUCGCAUCAGGCAAGGGAAAUGUGAAGUUGCCCUUACCACAUAUGAGAUACUUCGCCUCUAUUUGGAGGAGUUUAACAGCAUAGAGUGGUCUGCUGUCAUUGUGGAUGAAGCACACAGAAUCAAGAAUCCAAAGGCUCAAGUAACCCAAACCAUGAAGGCAUUAAAGUGCAGUGUUCGCAUAGGUCUUACUGGAACCAUUCUUCAAAACAAUAUGAAGGAACUUUGGUGUGUCAUGGACUGGGCAGUACCAGGACUUUUGGGAACUAGAAUGCAUUUCAAGAAGAAAUUUUCUGAUCCAGUGGAGCAUGGCCAAAGGCACACUGCAACUAAAAGAGAGCUAGCAACAGGUCGCAAGGCCAUGCUGAAGCUAGCAAGUAAAAUGUCUGGCUGGUUCCUCAGACGUACUAAAGCUCUUAUCAGCAAUCAGUUGCCAAAAAAGGAAGACAGAAUGGUGUACUGUUCCCUGACAGAAUUCCAGAAAGCAGUAUACCAGGCUGUGCUGGAGACAGAGGAUGUAAGCCUAGUAUUACGAGCGGGAGAGCCCUGUAGCUGCAGCAGUGGCCGUAAAAGGAAGAACUGUUGUUAAAAAGCAAAUGCUCAUGGUGAAACAAUUAAGUCACUGCGUUUCAGUUACCUGACAAUCCUACAGAAAGUUGCAAAUCAUGCAGCACUGCUGCAGAUGGACACUACUAGCAAGCAGCAGGAAGCACAUAUCAAAAGGGUGUGCAACCAGGUAUUUUCCAGUUUUCCAGAUUUUGUGCAAUUAAGCAAAGAUGCAGCCUUUGAAACAAUUUCAGAUCCGAAGUACAGUGGAAAAAUGAAGGUCCUUCAGCAGCUUUUAAAUCACUUCAGAAAAAACAAGGAUAAAAUUCUUCUGUUCUCCUUUUCUACAAAGUUGCUUGAUGUGCUGGAACAGUACUGUAUGGCAUCUGGGCUAGAUUACCGAAGACUUGAUGGAAAUACAAAAUCGGAAGAUAGGAUCAGAAUUGUAAGAGAGUUCAACAGCACUCAAGAAAUUAACAUAUGCCUUGUAUCAACGAUGGCUGGUGGACUAGGUCUCAAUUUCGUUGGUGCCAACGUUGUUAUACUGUUCGAUCCAACAUGGAACCCAGCAAAUGAUCUUCAAGCUAUUGACAGAGCUUAUAGGAUUGGUCAAUGCAAAGAUGUUAAAGUGUUUAGAUUGAUAUCCUUGGGAACUGUGGAGGAGAUGAUGUACUUACGACAAGUUUAUAAACAGCAACUUCACUGUGUGGUAGUUGGAAGUGAAAAUGCCAAGCGGUAUUUUGAAGCAGUACAAGGAUCAAAGGAACAUCAAGGAGAGCUUUUUGGGAUCCAUAACCUUUUCAAACUUAGGACUCAUGGGUCCUGUCUUACCAAAGACAUUCUGGAGGUGUGA